CGGCAGGAGUUUAAGGUUUUUGAACGCGGUCUGGAUGACGCUGGCACAGAGAGAAAGCUGUCAUGGAAAGCUGCCAAAUCCGAUGCAAUCAGUUGGGAUGGAAAGCGUAUCUGAGCCGCGCCGUUUGCCACCACUGAUAAGACAACCGAAGAGUGCGUAGCUGCUUCGUUGAGUGUCCACUAUCAUGUCCUUCUCCGCAAGGAUGUUCCUCACCUCUCGUCCAAAGUCAGGGGGAAUAGAUAGCAGCUCAUCUAUCACAAGGACUUCACGUUGACGUUUAUCCUCAUCAGCCAUUGUGGCUCAUGGAGAAACUGUCUCCAAGCGAGUCCCUGACCUUUGUCCUACUGUUAGUCGCUCCCACCUGCCUGUCCUCCCUGCAAAACGGCUCCUGGGUUUCUGCAUGGGAUCCUUAUAGUGAAGGCUUGUUGGCCCAUCUCACAAGAACCCGACGCCAGCUGCACUUUAGGAAUGAAUGGGCAAGCUGGAGUGGGUGGUCUGUGUGCUCGCGAAGUUGUGGGGCCGGUGCCUCUGUGCGCACACGAACCUGCACCACCAGAAACCCAGUGGGAGGACCAUGUGGAGGUGAUCCCGGACAAUACAAGAUCUGCAACACUAAGGAGUGCCCUCCUGGCUCACAAGAUUUCCGAGAGAUGCAGUGUGCUGCUUUCAAUGACAGACAGCUGGUCACAGGAAACUCCUUCAAAUGGACUACUUUUUAUGGAGGCUCCAACCCCUGUGAGCUCAGCUGCCUUGCCUUGGGUCAUAACUUCUACUACAACUUUGGUCGUGUGCUUGAUGGCACUGCCUGUGACAAAGUACCUGGUGCUGUGUGUGUCAACGGACGAUGUCUGAAGCCUGGCUGUGAUUCCAUUUUGGGUUCAAAGGAGGAAGAGGAUGCCUGCAUGGUAUGUGGAGGGAAAAACACCACCUGUCUUCACCACAGAAGUGUUUACCAGAGUAACAGCCUGGAGGCAGGAGGACCUUUUGGAUACAAUGAAGUAGCCAAAAUACCUGCUGGAGCCACUCACAUCCGAGUUACAGAUAACAGCAGGAAUUAUCUUGCUCUGCAGAAUGGUCGCUCCCAGUUUGUUAUCAACGGAAACUGGAAGAUCAAUGUCCCCGGCGAGUACAAUAUAGCAGGGACCAAACUUGUGUACCGGCGGUCAGCUGACACCUGGGAGAGCUUUGAGGUCCCGGGACCUACCCAGGAAGACUUACAUCUAAUGGUUCUUGCCACAGACAGAAACCCAGGAAUUGAGUAUGAGUACUGGUUACCACCAGACCAGUACAACCUUCACCAUGGGCGGAGAAGCUCACUGCGUCAGGCUCACCAAAGUGCCAGCUACCUGCCCUGGAAGCAACCCACCAUUACAACCACAACCGCCACAAUCACCCCUACGUGGCCUCCCGUAGUGAGCACCUGUCCCUACUGGUUUCUAAGGCCACUGAAGCCACCACGGAACCCUUUCCAUCAUCCCAUUUUGCCUCGCCUGGAACGAGAGGAGAAACACAGAAACCUGCUGCCUCAACCCACGCCUGGAAGACAUUGUGGGAAAUGCCGGAGGGUUAAGGGUCGUCGAGAACGCAAGAGGCAGUAUUGCCAGAAGGAUUUUAUUUUUCGGGCAAGAGUCUUGGGGAAGCUGUACAGAGGAGAGGAGACGCGUUACGAUGUCCAAACCCUCCAUACCUACCGGAAUAGCUUCCGCAUUGAGCACCGUGAGUUCCUUUGGGUCCCCAAUGUCUGUGACUGCCCCAACCUGGAGAAGGGGAAGCAAUAUAUAUUGAUGGUGCGCCAACACAUUAACUAUGAGCAUACACUAAACCGCAUCCUACUGGAAGAAGACAGCUACGUGGUACCGUACAGACCCAGAGAGGACGAGCUGGUGCGACACCUGGAGGGGCUCUGCAGCAACAUAAAACAUAAACAUCCUGCAGCGACAACAGAAUGAUGCCCAUGAUGUGGCUCAGCUUUUGGUUUUCUGGACGUUUGUUAAUCCAAGGCCUGACAGCCAGAUGAAACUUUCUAAGAUAAGAAACCAAAGAGACUCUUGAGUUUAUUUAAAAGCCUUAAUGGCUUACUAUUAUACAGAGCACUUUAGGUGGACACCUGCAGCCACCUGUAAAUUGCAUGCCAAAGAGGAGUGACUGAAAAAUGCCCAUUUUAUUGCAGUUUUUCUUAAUCAAGUUAAUUUUAUCCACCACAUUAUUUUUUUGACAGCUUUAAGAGAAAAUUCACCUUUUACAACUUUAGAAUAAGGGCACCAUUAAAAUGAUUAAUAGGUUUGUAAUAAUCAUAUAAACAGUGUUUAAUAAGGGUGUCUAAAUGAUCUGUAGCAAAUUACUUCGUUUGGCAAGUUCAAGCUACUACUCAACUUAAAUGUGUUCUCUCUUUUGCGACCCUUUGGUCAUUACGAGUGUCCGCCAGUAUUUUAAAGUGGAAUAGAUUUAAUUAACUCACUAUUCUAUCAUAUGUUUGGUAUUCAAGUCUCAGGUGGAGCGCAUUUAUAAAUCCAACCGUGGGGUGUCACUCAAUUCUAUGGAUAGGAGUCUUAGCCCUCAAGUGAUGCACAGAAUGUGAGUGAAUAUUGCGUUGUGCGGAUAAAAUUGCUGAGAAAUACCUUUUUUACAGUUUUGGACAGAUUUUAAAACAAUUCAAUACUUGAUAAAAGUUGUAAG